CCCGCGAACAGCGCACGGUCGCUUCACCUCACUGACCCCUCCGACAGGUGUCCACAACCCUCAAUAAAAAAAAAACAGCAGUCAUAACACGUUCCAUUUUCGAAGUUACAAAAGUGAACCGUUGUGUGAUAUUUUUUUUUAUUAGUGGCCAGUUCAGUGCUAUGGGAUCAAUGGCUGAUGUUUUAUACAGUUCACCACAGAUUAUGUUGUGAAUUGCUCGCAAGUGUUUAAAUAACUACCGACCUACGGAAUGAACAACAAAAAAGCCAUCGGAAUGACUCAGUGAUAGUGAAAUUGAGUGACCAAAAUCUUGCGAGCGAAGUGACUUACAGUAAAUUUUAAGCGGAGACAUCUCCGUAGUUGGGCUAUAAAUAAACCCAUACUAUGAGGGUUAGUGCAGUGUGAACUAUGUCGUGAUACCCUAAGCCAUGUACCGGCCCAAUUUUUACGAAAGCACCUGCUUUCGGUGCAAUGAGAUAGUGUACCAGGUGGACAGGGUCGGCCCACUUAAGGACUUCACGUUUUUCCACAGCGGUUGCUUCAAAUGUGCGGUGUGUGGGACCAAGCUGACGUUGAAGACAUAUUACAACAACCAGCACUGGACAGAGGACAAGGAGGUGUACUGCUCGAGCCACGUGCCCAAGAUCGGCCCUGGGCAUUUGGACAACUCGUCCGUGGGCAUCAGGAGUGCCCUCAAUGUGCCCAAGAGCAAUAACUACGUGAACGAGCAAAUCAGAGGACACGCCAGGAAUAGCCAUGAUAAUGAACUAUCCCCAACCCGGGCCACAAACGGCAACAGCGUACACGCAUCGCCUGCGCGGGAGCUCUCCCGCGACACCCCGGACUACCAAUAUGGCCGGUUCGACGCCAGCGCACUGCACAUCGCGCAUGCGCUCAAGCAGACAGAGCUACAGAAGGCUUACCACCGGCCGAGGGAGAAGCCCAUCGACUGUUAUUUGGAUCGAGAUGAACAAACCAAGUUAGAGAUGAAACAUCGAGAGGAAGAGGAUGACCUGUACAGAAAAUUCUCGAAACACCGAGAAGAGGAGAACAGAAGAAUACGAGAAGAAAUCCAAGAUGAGUGGGAAAGAGAAUUGGAGAGACUUACGAGUAGGUUCCAGCAAGAGAUGCAAGUGAAGAAGAGAAGGCCUGACGCUGAGAUAGGGGCGUUGACCUUGCGGCACCAGCAAGAAAGGGCAGAUUUGGAGAAGAACAUGACGUUGAGGAGGGACAAGAAGAAGGAGAGCCUCACCAGGAAGAUGUUGGAGCAUGAGAGGGCGGCCACGGCGGCGCUUGUGGAAAAACAGAGUCACGAAAUGAUGGAGUUGAUUCAAGAAAGGCGAUCGGAGUACAUGGCGGCCUCCUCACUGUACCUGGAUGGGGAGGAAGCGCCCCCCUACCCCGCACGAGCCCCUCCCCCCCAGCCUCCCCUAGUGUCCAAGUUCCACAUCUACACGGACCCUGCUGAGUUCGCGGAUGUCGACAAAAUUGCCAUUUCGGUGGCACAAGAAGACCAAAAAACGUUUACAGAUCUAGUCCGUCAGCUGGUGGGGCGUUGCGCGACUGAUGUGGAGAAGGCGCGGACUAUCUUCCGCUGGAUCACGGUGAAGAACCUGAACAACAUCCAGUUCGACGACAACCUCCGAGGGGAUUCCCCGCUAGGCCUGCUUAGAGGCAUCAAGCACGGCACUGAAAGUUACCAUGUACUGUUUAAGAGAUUGUGCAGCUACGCCGGCCUCCACUGUGUCGUGAUCAAAGGCUACAGCAAAUCCGCCGGGUACCAGCCGGGCGUCAGGUUCGAAGACAAUCGGUUCAGGAACUCCUGGAACGCGGUAUACGUGGCCGGAGCCUGGCGGUUUGUCCAGUGCAACUGGGGGGCGAGGCACCUGGUCAACGCUAAAGAUGCACCCAAGCCUGGGAAUAGGGGGAAGAGCGAUAGUUUGAGAUAUGAAUAUGAUGACCACUACUUCCUGACGGACCCUCGGGAGUUCAUCUACGAGUUCUUCCCCCUGCAGUCCGACUGGCAACUCCUGAAGACUCCGAUCACUCUCCACGACUUCGAAGAGUUGCCGUUCGUACGCUCGCUGUUCUUCAGAUACGGACUGUACUUUAGCGAUCCGAACACUAAGGCUGUUAUGUAUACUGACUCCACAGGUGCGGCGACUAUGCGCAUAGCCAUGCCGGCACACAUGCAGAGCUCCCUCAUCUUCCACUACAACCUCAAGUUCUACGACACGGAGGGCGACGGCUUCGACGGCGUCAGUCUCAAGAGAUUCGUCAUGCAGUCGGUGGUAGGCAACGUGGUAUCGUUCCGAGUACACGCGCCCUGCAGCGGAGCCUUCCUUCUGGACAUCUUCGCGAACGCGGUCACCCCACGGGAGUACCUGACGGGAGAACCCAUGAAGUUCAAGAGCGUUUGCAAGUUCAAGAUCUGCUGUGCAGAGCUACAAACGGUGAUGGUGCCGCUUCCCGACUGUGCGAGCGGGGAGUGGGGUCCCACCAAAGCGACCAGACUGUUUGGACUCGUACCUAUCACUCAUCAGGAGGCGCUAGUGUUUGCGGGCCGUGAGCUGGAAAUCCAGUUCCGCAUGUCGCGCCCUCUAGCGGACUUCAUGGCGACAUUACACAAAAACGGAGUUGAAGAGAAGCGCCUCUCAAAAUAUGUUCAGCAGAGCGUCGCUACGGACAUCGUCUCUUUUUACAUCACAUUCCCCGAAGAAGGUCAAUACGGGCUUGAUAUCUACACGCGCGAGCGCAACGGCCCGACCGCGAUCCACCAGAACGGCUCCACCGAAAAAGAGAAACACCUUCUCACUCAUUGCUGCAAAUAUCUCAUCAACAGCAGUAAACGGAAUUAAGUUUAACAUUAAACCAAUAAGAAUAGUACCACUCCCAUAUCUUUCCCACGGAUGUCGUAGAAGGUGACUAAGGGCCUAAAUGUAAUGACUAAAGGCUAAUAAACUUUGGACUUCUGUAGCCGAUGGGCUAGCAAUAUGUCACUAUUUGAAUCUCAAUUCCAUCAUUAGCAGAUGGUAUUGUUGCCUGCCCACACAUUUUCUCCGAGGAAAGUGUUUCAAUUUGUAACUAUAAAUUUGCCACCAUAAAAAUGCAUUAUGCAUGUGUCAAAUUUACAUACCAGGUACUGUAUGUAUGAGUUGCAAAUUUAAAAAUCAUAUUAUCGUGACAAAUCUUGAAACCUGUGACGUGUCUCUCAGUAUUUGCGUUUUCCCAGAUGCACCCUGGGCUCUGGGCUCAGAACACCUCUGACCUAAUAUAACUCUGUAAAUACAGUAUUCCUAAAGAAGAGAGUCAUUAACACCUGAUUAUGAUGAUCAUUGUAACCUUAGUUCCGUUUUAACAUCACAAUUACUAUAAUAUUAAACUAAGAUGGAAAUUUUUGCGAAGUUGUUGGUUUAAGAAUUCGCAUUCUUCACACAAAUGUGUUCAUUUAUAUCGCGUGGAAUUAAUACUUUUUUGUAACCUUAAUAACCUCAUGAUUCUUCCUGUAAAAUUGACCGUUUUGAGUCAAAUCCUUAAUUUUUAUGCUAUGUUUUAGCAAGCUAAUUAAUGCAGAUAAUAAAUACGUAACAUAAUAUAGGUAAUUGAAAUGCAAAAAUAAUAAUAUGUGUACUUAUUUCAAUAAAUGCAACUAGCAAUUAAAAAGAUAGAAAAUUUAAAAUUUGUUUUAUGGGUAUUCAAUGGAGAUUGACAAAAUAAAAAUUAAACAACGUUUUUUAGUCAGUGGUUUCAAAACUUUUUGGAUUACCUUCCAUUAAAUACUUAAGGAAACAAUAUAUGAUAUGAGAAGAAGCAUAUACCCAAAUGUAGAUAUAAUGUUACAUAAGUAAAAUAAAAUCCGUCCGAUGAUAUAAAACAUUUAAUUUGUAGGAUUAUUCUAAUAUUUUAUAUACAAUUCUAUGUCAUCUGUAA